AUUGGAAUGACAACUUCCUGCAGUUAUUUUUGGAAAUAUACCUGCUGGAUCUGUGGUAGGUGAGACCUGAUACAGAUUCAGCCAACUAGAUUUCCCAAUGUAAUUGAGACAAUAGAAGAUGCUCCCCGCAUAUUUAAUUUAGGUGCUGCCUUGUUUAACUAUGUAUGGUAUAUGGUGAAAGUGCCUGAGAGUAUAGUAGCUGACUAUCCUGAAGAACAGGAACGUUUUAAAACUGCCAAACAGAUGGAUGUACUUAGAAUUUGGAUACUUGAUCCUGAGAAAGCUUCUUCUGCAGAGUUGAAUAAUAAAGCCGAAGUGCCUUCUCUGUUAUCUCGUGUUUUAACCAAAGAAUUCUUUAAUCUGGGUCAAGACUUUUUUCUGGACUCAUAUCCGAUCACUCACGACUACAACACACAGUUUCAUGCUGCAGAGGGGUACUGGACAGUUGUCAUCUAUAAUGUAACUACUGAACUAAUUUUAACAAUUGCCGGCAAACCAAUAACUUUCCAAGAUUUAUUUAUCAUGGACACAUCCUACACAAUUGAAAAACGUCUUGAUUUGUCUGUCAUUAAAGCACUGGGAUACCUUUCACUGCAACUUGCUUAUGGCAGCAAUCCCUUAAUUGUACAUCAUCCCUGUUCUGCCACCAGUGCUUUACUUCUGACUGAUUUUGGCACAUUUAUAAGUCACGAUGGUUUUGUUACAGUGGAGGAGCUAAAAAUUGUGCCCACUGAAAAACAACAAGAGGUAGAGAUUGAAGUAAAGACAGCUGCCUUCCUGGAGAGAAAUAUCUUAUUUCUUAUUGGAGAUUCACUCUACAUAAGACAUGCAAAAGGUUUUUACGCAAAACUUGGGAAUGAAAAUAAUUUACCUGAAGGCAGGAUUAUUGGCCUACGAAGCAGAAUGUCGUGUGCAGCUGCAUAUCCAGUAAAGCUUCUCAUUCUGUCGCGUCAUCUCUUCUUGCUGUCGCGUCAUCUCUUCUUGUUCUUCUUCAAAGUCAUGAUUCCUUCUCAAGGCAUCCGCUUCAAUUGA